ACUGGGAGAAAAGCGCCGAACGCACGUUCGAGAGGGCCAGCUUCGGAGCGCGAGCCCGGGCGCGAGCGGCCUGCGCUGCGCGUGCGCAGAGGUAUGGUCGGGGAAGGUGUGCAGAGGCUGGAGUUGGAGGCGCGGCGCCGGUGAGGUGAGGAGCUGUCAGCAUCCACGUGUCCUGCCAUAUGGAACCAGCUGGUAUGCAGUGGAAAAGAAGCCGACAUGCAGAAAGCAGCAGAGAACCAUGUGUGCUCAGUACUGCAUCUCCUUUGCUGAUGUUGAAAAAGCUCAUACCAACAUUCAAGAUUUUAUCCACCUCACACCAGUGCUAACAAGCUCCAUUUUGAAUCAAAUAACAGGGCGAAAUCUUUUCUUCAAAUGUGAACUCUUCCAGAAAACUGGAUCUUUUAAGAUUCGUGGUGCUCUUAAUGCCAUCAGAGGCUUGAUUCCUGCCACCUCAGGAGGGAAGCCUAAAGCAGUUGUUACUCACAGCAGUGGAAACCAUGGCCAAGCUCUCACCUACGCUGCCAAAUUGGAAGGGAUCCCUGCUUAUAUUGUGGUACCCCGAACAGCUCCCAACUGUAAAAAACUAGCAAUACAAGCCUAUGGAGCCUCUAUAGUGUACAGUGAACCGAGUGAUGAGUCUAGAGAAAAUGUUACAAAACAAAUUGUGGAAGAAACAGAAGGCAUCAUGGUACAUCCCAACCAGGAGCCUGCAGUGAUUGCUGGGCAAGGGACAAUUGCCCUGGAAGUGCUGAACCAGGUUCCCUUGUUGGAUGCACUCGUGGUUCCAGUAGGGGGAGGAGGAAUGAUUGCUGGAAUAGCAGUUACAAUUAAGGCUUUAAGACCUAGUGUGAAGGUUUAUGCUGCUGAACCCUUGAAUGCAGAUGACUGCUACCAGUCCAGACUGAAAGGGGAACUGAUGCCCAAUCCUUGUCCUCCAGAAACCAUAGCAGAUGGGGUCAAAUCCAGCAUUGGCUUAAACACCUGGCCUAUCAUCAGGGACCUUGUGGAUGAUGUCUUCACUGUUACAGAGGAUGAAAUUAAGUAUGCAACCAAGCUGGUGUGGGAGAGAAUGAAACUACUCAUUGAACCUACAGCUGGUGUUGCAGUGGCUGCUGUACUGUCUCAGCAUUUUCAAACCGUUUCCCCAGAAGUAAAGAACAUUUGUGUUGUGCUCAGUGGUGGAAAUGUAGACUUAACCUCUCUGACUUGGAUGAAGCAGGCUGAAAGGCCAGUUAAUCAAUCUGUUUCUGUUUAAAUUAUACAAAACAGAUGGAUGCACUGUCUCCAGAUAUGUGUAA